UCAUUAUCUACAGGGGAAGGUUUUGAAUAGAAAGCCUGUGUUGACUUUCACAAAUCCAGCGGUGUCUCAGUAGACACACCCUGUUUGACUUCAGUGAGAUAAUUCUCAAUAUCAGUUCAAGCAACAGGUGGUUCAACAAAAAGAGACAAAGUAUUACUACAAUGUAUAUUUUAACAUGCAACAAAAGACAAAAUAAAAGGAAACUUGAGAUUAUAUUUGGUAUUUGAGAGUUGCUCUAAACAUGAAUGCAGUAUGAUUUUAAUGAUCACAUAAUGAGUAGAAGGAGUCACCGCUCAUCUGGGAAAGGUGCUUCAGGAAUUCCUGAUGAAGGUCUCUGGUGUAACAGCAAUAUUAAACUCGUUCCUACGCCCUUGUUACAUCCUCUCUAGUCUCUCUUCCCAUCUAACACUUUAUAAAUAAACUGAACUGAACUAAGAACAUCAGGAGGGAUGAAAUAAUUUGUUCCUCCAGAGAACUGAUUGUUGAAUUCCAGUAACAGAUGGAUCAGUUUUCUCUUUGUCCCUAAAAACCUGCAGCUGUGUGAUUCCAGCUAAAUCUGCUCUGUUGAUCGUUUCCCUCAGAUCUUCAACAGUUUCUCUUUCCACUGUUAUUAGUCUCAUUCUGUCACCUUUUGACCUGAACCUGUGUUCCACACCUUCAUCUCUUCCUUGUUGUUGCUGGUCCAACUCCAGUCCAGUAGGUGGCGCUAACGCGCCUUCACGCUGCCACAUGACCGGAAGCUGUUAUCAGAACUAGCUUGUUGUUAGCUACCAGCGCUAGCUUGCUGUGCUGGUGUGUGAGGGGAACCUCUGAGGCUCUGCAGCAACAAUGUCUUCAGCUCAGUCUCUGAGAGAGGUGAUCAGAGAGCGGCUAACUGCUGCUGCUGCAGAAAUCUUCUCCGAGUUUGAAAAAACCAUCGUCCGCUACGAGGAAGAGAUCGAUCGUCAGCGCAGACUGCUGGAGAUCAGCUGGAAACCACAGAUCAACUUACACAGAAUAGAACUCCCACUGCAUUAUGUCAGGACAGAUGAGGAGGUUCUGACUGACCAGCAGCUCUGGAACCAGGAGAGGACCUCCAGUUUGGAGCAGGAACAAGCAGAACCUUUACAGGAGGGACCAGAACCUCCACAGAUGAAAGUGGAGCAGGAUGAGCCAGAACCUUUGCAGAUUGUAAAACAAGAGGAGCUCUGCAUCAGUCAGGAUGAAGAGCAGUGUGUACUGAAGCAGGAGACGGUGACCUCCCUUGUGACUCCUGCUGGUGAGGAAAGAGACCACGAUGAAGCAGAACCAGACAGACACCAACUCCUUUUGUCACUGUUUCCUGAAGCUGAGAUCAGAGCUGCUGCUGCUCCGGGGUCAACAGAACUUCCAAAGCAUCAUAUCUGGGAAAAAGAAGAGGUUCUGACUGACCAGCAGCGCUCUGACCAAGAGUCAACCUCCCGUUUGGACCAGGAGGAACCAGAAGAUCUACUGAUCACAGAGGACCAGCCAGAACUCUAUAUCCAUCAGCAUGAAGGGCAGUUCCUUUUGAAUCAAAAACAUGUAACCUUCGUAGGGACUUAUCCUUGUAACGAAACAUACUGCCAUGAUCCAGAAUCCAAAAGGAAGCAACCCUUGAGUCAGAAUUCUACAGAAGCAGAGAACCAAGAUCAGGAUGGAUGCAAGAAAGAAAACUCAGAAUCAAACAGCAAUGAAGAACUGACACGUAAUAAAAGACGUCUGCGAAGCGAAGAUCACAGAGACGAUGUAGAUGUUCAGACACUGAAAAAGCACAAGAGGGCUCACAUAGGUGAGAGGCCAUUUUAUUGUAAGCUCUGUGGAAAAUCUUUCAUUCACAAGUUUGUUUUAUGUCGUCACAUGAGAACUCACACAGGUGAGAAGCCAUAUCCAUGUAACACUUGUGGUAAAUGUUUUACUGCCAGUAGUGACUUGACUACACACAUGAGAACUCACACUGGUGAGAAGCCAUAUCCAUGUAAAACUUGUGGUAAAUGUUUUACUGCCAGUAGUGUCUUGACUAAACACAUGAGAACUCAUACAGGUGAGAAGCCAUAUCCAUGUAACACUUGUGGUAAAUGUUUUAGUGCCAGUAAUACCUUGACUAAACACAUGAGAACUCACACAGGUGAGAAGCCAUAUCCAUGUAACACUUGUGGUAAAUGUUUUACUGUCGGUAGUAACUUGACUUAUCACAUGAGAACUCACACAGGUGAGAAGCCAUAUCCAUGUAACACUUGUGGUAAAUGUUUUACUGCCAGUAGUGACUUGACUAAACACAUGAGAACUCACACAGGUGAGAAGCCAUAUCCAUGUAACACUUGUGGUAAAUGUUUUACUGCCAGUAGUGCCUUGACUAAACACUUGAGAACUCACACAGGUGAGAAGCCAUAUCCAUGUAACACUUGUGGUAAAUGUUUUACUGCCAGUAGUGUCUUGACUACACACAUGAGAACUCACACAGGUGAGAAGCCAUAUCCUUGUAACACUUGUGGUAAAUGUUUUACUGCCAGUAGUGACUUGACUACACACAUGAGAACUCACACAGGCGAGAAGCCAUAUCCAUGUAACACUUGUGGUAAAUGUUUUACUGCCAGUAGUGACUUGACUAAACACAUGAGAACUCACACAGGUGAGAAGCCAUAUCCAUGUAACACCUGUGGUAAAUGUUUUACUGUCAGUAGUGACUUGACUAAACACAUGAGAACUCACACAGGUGAGAAGCCAUAUCCAUGUAAAACUUGUGGUAAAUGUUUUACUGCCAGUAGUGGCUUGACUUAUCACAUGAGAACUCACACAGGUGAGAAUAGGGAUGGGUACCUUUGACAUUUGAAUCGAUUCGGUACUAAUUCCCGGUACCUAGGAAUCGAUACCGGUACUUAACGGUACCAAUUUUAGAUACUUUUGAGUGUUUAAUAUUUUAAUUCUUUUAUAAUUAAAUAUAUAUUUUUCUCAAUAUAUAACCAUAUUUAUUAAAUAUCACAAUGAAUAGCAUACAACAGUUUGUAUUUUAACAUCGACCUUGUAGUUUUAUAAGCUGAUAAUUAAACUGAAGCAAACAUCUUUACUGUGAACUAAAUUUACUGUGUAUCUUCAUUCCUUUUGCCGUCCUUUUUCAUUUGAUUUUUCCUACUGGGAAGUUAGAAUUUCCGAGGAGUAAGCGAACGCACUAUUAGCUGAUAACAAUGGUGGCAAUGGAAGCUAACAUAUCAAGCUAACGUUAUCUUAAACAGUUUAUUUAGCUGCUGGAGCAGAUUUAAACAAUGAUGCCUCACACUUGGAUCAUUGUUGCUGGUUUCAUCUCCACCCAAUCACCCGUCGCAUUUAGUAAAGUGAAGCCAAACUUUAGAGCGUGUUCAUGUCCUUUUAGUCGGAAAAUCGGAGUUCUGAGGAGAAAGUGAACCCACCAUUAGUGGAACGGAAGCUAACAUAUCAAGCUAACGUUAUCUUAAACAUUUUAUUUACCUACAGGAGCAGAUUAAGAUGAGGAUGUCUCACUUAGAUCGUUGUCGCUGGUUUCAUCAUCACCCAGUUACCCAUCACAUUUAGUGAAGUGGACCCAAGCUUUAGCGUGCGUUAUUUCUACCAUGCUGCCCUGUUUACAACUGGCUCGCAGCGACCAACGACAUAACGCUCUUGCGCAUGCGCAGCUGUCUAGGCAAGUUCUCGUUAUGAAGGACGGGUACCGAAAUGAGGCACAGUUUCAAAUGAAGUGAAUCGGUAGCCUAGUGAACUAGACCAAAUUCUUUCUUUGCAAAGAAUGGUCUAGGCAUGCUCCAUUGGAACCUCAGCAGCUCCUACCAGGACUCUGGCUAGCCAAUCACAGCUCUCUAGAGGGGUUUCAAACACAUAAAGAGCUGUUAUUGGUCCAUAAUGGUGGGCCAAUCAGGGCACUCUAUAUGCCUGGUAGGUGGGAUGAUGCAACAGAGUGAAACAAGAGUAUGUCACAUUCAUUGUCCAGUGGAAUGCGGAGAUCAUUUGAAAGACAAGGGUAGAACCCGCCCCACAACCGAAAGCCGUCAAUGGAGCGUGGCCAGACUAAAUAAUACAUUUAUUUAGUCUGGCUUGCCAGGCUAGUGAAUCGGUGCGCAGUCGGUACUAUGGAAUUCGGUCGGUGCCUUAAAAAGCUCAGAAUUCGGUACCCAUCGCUAGGUGAGAAGCCAUAUCUAUGUAAUACUUGUGGUAAAUGUUUUACUGCCAGUGAUAUCUUGACUAAAUACAUGAGAACUCACACAGGUGAGAAGCCAUAUCCAGUUAACACUUGUGGUAAAUGUUUUACUGUCAGUAGUAACUUGAGUUAUCACAUGAGAACUCAAAACAAGUGAGAAGUAUUUUCCAAGUUUGGUCUGUAUGAGAUUUAGCCAGAUAUUUUCUUUACCUUUUUUUAAUUAUAAUUGACCACUCUGAGUUUUUCAUGCAGACUGAACAUGAAAAUAGUCUCCUACACCUUUCUCCUGCAUUAGCUUCUGAUAGAAAAUAGAUGAAACUCAUGUAUUUGAAAAUCCUCACAGAUCUGUCACACUGUGAAUUAGAAUUCAUGGACUCGACGAUCUUGAUUCAUGACAGGGAAGACUGUUGUUGUUUUAACGUCCGGUAAUCAGCAGUGGACGUCUCGGCUAGUUUAAGCUAAUUGUCAGCAUUAGCAACUACACCUCACAGCAGAAGGUCCUCCAGGCUCGUGUAUUUUGAGAGAUAAAAUAUCCAUGUUGCAAGUCAGUGGUAGAGUUGCACUGCUGUUAUCCAAUCUGGGGCGAGAUGUCCACAUAUCACGAAAUAAGACUCCAAAACCCGCCGUCUAAGGCCUAGUCCACACGUAGCCGUUUUUUUUUAAACGAAUAUCCGCCCCUCCAAAAGCUUGUAUCCACACCACCUCGUUUACAAAAAAAAAAAAAACUGUCCACACGUACCCGGAUAAACACGUUGUUAAGGACAUGCCAGACCUGUAGGCGGCAGUACUUCCCCCGUUCUUAACCUCGUCCUUCGUCUGUGGUCUUCCACAAGGAGCAGUAAUUCCGCUUGCAAAAACAAACAAGCAAAAAGCGCUUGGACAAUUGAUAAAGCGAGCGCAGCUCUGAGGGCAUCCAUGCUGUCGGCUAGUGUAAACACAGGUCGCACACGUGAUGUCAGCAUUUUUUGUCGCGGAAAGUGACGUUGCAGACCUUAAAACUCCGGUUUUGUCUGUCCACACGCAAACACCCAAAACGGAGAACACGCAGAUCUUCACUUUGGCCGGAGCUUUUAAAAAGAUCCGUUUUCGUGUGAAAAAACUCAGUUUUCGUGUGGAUGACAGGCCGUUUUGGCAGAUCCUCGGCUACGUGUGGACAGGGCCUAAAGCUCAGCUGUGAUGUGAGAAAAUUUUAGGUCUGAGAAAUGGUGCAACAGUAUAAUUGUUCCCCCUGAGAACCAUUUACGAGGUAUUCAAUCCUACCAGAGACCACCGCACUGAAAAAAAAAAUGUCACCCACUCAUUGAACACAUAAGCUAAUUCCAAAGCUCUGUUAAAGGCACACUGAGAUUUUUUUCUUUUCUUGAAUAAAAUUCUAUGUAGUCUAUUAACAAAUUAAUCUUUUUUCAUUGAUAUUUUUAGUAGUUUAUUCUAAUUUUAGCUGGAAAUUUUACAUUUUAACAUGCAUAAACUGUGGGUGGCCAAUAUUUUAAUUAUUUAGCAUUUUUCAUUAGUCUUUAUUUUCAAGGUUUGUUUUUGUUCUGUUUGGUUUUAGUUUCAUCUACUUUUUAGUUUCAGUUUAGUUUUUAUUAGUUUUAAUCAAUUUUUUAUAGGUUUUUGUAAUAUUAAGUUACAUAUCAGUGACAAGACUGAUAGUCUGAUACUGACUGUUGGAUAAAAACAGUAUUAGAUGCAUGGAAAAUGAUUUUGUCUUGGUACCAUCUGGUGUUUUUUAAUUGAAACGAAGGUUUAUUCCAUGUUCAUAUUUUGUUAUUAUUCUGUGCCUCCGGCAGGGAGGUUCGACCUUUUAAGUCUGCAGUUUUGUUAUCACGAAAGCUCCCUAGUGAAGUCCAGACGGAGCUUUUCUCUGUUAUACCAAGAACCAGGGAAAGUUUCCUUUCUGUGAGGGGGUGGAUUUGUUUAUCUUUAAUGUGUGUGUGUGUGGGGGUGUGCAUGUAUCGGGGACUUUGAGAGUGUUACGUGUGACAGGUUCGGCUGCCGGUUCGCUGGGGGAGGUUCGGCUGCCAGUUCGCCGUGUGUGUGUUUCUUUGAGAGUGGUUUUGCUGUGUGACAGGUUGGGCUGCUGUUUCGCUGUGUGUGUGUGAGAAAGAAAGAGGGAAGCGUUAAUUUGUUUCGGUGGCUGCCAAAUGUUAUCUGAAAGAAUUAUUUUACUAUACGCCCUCAUAAGCAGUCUGAUUGUCUUUCUAAUAAUUUUCAUACUAGAACUAAUCGGAGUUCUUCCAGCUUGUUUUACUAAACCAGUAAACAAAACAUCUUAGAUACGAUGGGGAAUACUAAAUCAAAAGACAGAGGAAGGGAGAAACAGCGAGAUGAGGCAGAUAAGACGGGUGGGCAGUCAGAACAGAAAAGACAGAGAGAAGGGGAAACAAAAAGAUAACGAAGGCGAAGCAGGGAAGGAUGUGUCCGUCUUCAGAAAACUAUGCGAUGAUUUAUCCCUUGGGCCAACUCCCCCGUCGUAUCGGGGAGCUGGUGAAGUGGCAGGUUCAGCUGCAGCUGCUCCUUCCGCUCCGCCGGCUGAAAGGAUGCACCCGUUCAAACCUGGAGAACAGUCAGAGAAGUGGGUCUCAGAUAUGAUGGAUGUGAUUCACUUGGUAAACCUGUUCUUUUUAAAGCUGCCGCUCUGGUGGCACAUGGCCCAGGUCAUGUGUCAUCAGGGGGAAUGAAUCAUUUUAACUUGUCAAACGUUUUGGUUCCGAUGGUCUUAGUUUAACAAUAUCAGUCCCUUUCUGGAAUGUAAACCAAAUGUUUACAUUGGCAGUCUAAACACCCAAGCCAAAUAUUACGAACUCUUUUACCUGUUUUCUUUUACUGUUUUGACUAAUUAGGUUAAUUUUGAAAGAAGUGGUUUAAUUUUGAUCUUUGUCAAUUUCUUUGGAGUAAUGAGCUGAUUUUGUGAGGCUUAUUUUUAAAUUUUACGGUGAGUUCUUCUCACCACAUUCUAUUUUAUCAUUUUCUUUGAUCUUUGUGCUGGAAUUCUACACAACGCAGUACAACCAUUAGUGAAAUUUUGUUUAGUACUGCUACAGUAAGGGUGAACUGCCAUUUUGUUUACCCUUUUGCUUGUUUUGAAUAGGUCAGUCAGCUAGGGUUAGAUACAUGCAUUCAGGUUUUUAUUAUAUGAUGUUUUAGGGGUUGUGAGAGCUAGAUUUGUUUGUUUUUUUUGGCCUUCGUUCACCCUGAAGCAAUCGCAGUGGAUCCAGCCUGUUAGAAAAUAGAUUUCCUACCCUAUUCAGGGUUCAUGGUUAAAACUCUGUUCUCUUCUGUUGCUGAGACAGUUUUUUCUUAUCUAAUGGUUUUUUAUUAUGACUAGUCCAUGUUGUUUGAGUUUAUUCAGUCCUGGGUCAAUAUAUGUUAACCUUUUCUUUUCUGUGACUGUUUACAUGUUUUGUUUUGACCCUAAAACACCUUAUCUUUAAACAAUAAAGGACAUCCUUACUAAUGAUUUUAUUUUUCUUGGUUUACCUGCCAUAAGCAGACAUCUUAUCCAGUUGGGAUUUAUGGACAUAAUGAUUUGAAUUGCUGCUUUAAAAAGGUGUUCGGAUCUUUCAUAACUUUAGAAAUUUCUUAUCAAAUGAGUCUUGUCAACCAUUGAUGGGGUUAUGUUUAGGGCUGGGACUUGAUUAAAAAUUUUUAAUUACAGGCUUUGUAAUUAAUUAAUCUCAAUUAAUCGCAUUUUAAUCGUUCAGGAAAAUGUGCUCUCAAAGUAAAAUUUUAAUUAAAAUUAUGAGACAGAGAAUCAAACAUUAGACAUGGUUAUUACUGUAAACUAAAGCUUUUAAUAAAAAUAUGCAUUUUAAUUAUUCAAAUGUCCCUGUGUGCUAUGAAACAAAACCCAAAUCAACUAAAAUUUAUAAUUACAAAUAGAAAACACCUGCAAAUGGUUCCUGAGCCUUUAAAUAGUCUCUGUCUGUCAGGAACCGAGUUCUGAAGACCCGUGAAGACGCCAACACAGUAAAAAUAUAUAAAAAAAGUCUUUAUUGAAGGCAGAGGUACCUGGAGAGCAAGGUUGAGGCAGGUUCAGAGACAGGCAAGGUCCAAAUGGCAGGCAGUGAGCAAGGCAGGGGUCAGGAGAAAAACGAGGUCUGGAGGCUGAGAUCAGGCAGGGUGGAUGGCUGGAGAAUUACUGGCAGGGCUGUAAUAAUCUGGCAUCUGUUGACUGGAUGGCUGGUUCUUUUAUAGCAGGGGAAGCAGGUGUAUGGGAUGAGGCUCAUUACAGGAGCAGGUGGAAUGAAUGGAGCUGAUUGAAGCUGACAGAGGUUGCUGGGGAAAACAGGGCUUGGCUGGAGCUUGGUGAGAGGACAAGGUGAGCUGAAUGAGGAGGAAAUGAUAAGGCAGAUGAGGGUAAAGGAUGGGAGUCAUGACACUGUCUAGUUGAAUGACUGAAAUAAAUUUGACUUUGCACCAGAUUAAUUUUUCCAGUUUCACUUGUUUGUAUAAUUGGGAGUUUUUAUUAGCAUCUCUACUCAUAAUGUAGUAAAAACACAUAAAUAAUAAUCCUUCAAAAUGACAGUAGAACAGGCACAAAUAUGAUCUAGGACUUAAAUGUACUAACUUUUAACACCAGAGCAGGCGUGCCAUAUUCUGAGAAUGAUCAGGAACACUAACUGGUUCCAGUUGGAUGACUGGAGGAUGAUGGGAUGAUAAAAGAUCAUGGCGAGGAAAUAAUGAUCUGACGAACAGGUGAGCGGACCUACAUGGGAAGUCCUGAUGUCACGUUAAGAAGGGGAUGCUGCAGACCCGCAGAUUCAUGCCUGCUGCAGCGAAUCUGGUGUGAUCUCCAGCCUGAUCACAACUUUCUCAUUCCUCGCUGCCCCUGAUGCACUGAAGCAUCCUCCCCUUAGCUGAUGACGGCUUCAGCACACCUCGCAGCUUAAUGAUAGUAAUGCAUGUGAUGUUUAGACAGCGACUCGUCUCAGAAAAAUAUAAUUCCCCGACAGAAUUGUUUAGAAAAUCAUCAGAAAAGUUUCAGAGUGUUUCUGUUUUAACUUAAACUUCUGUUUUCAACUGUAAGACACGUUGUUUGUGAUUGUUUACUGAGUAGUGAGAACACGGAGCGUUCUCCCAGCGGCAGCCAGGUGCCUCUCGUUUGUCUGACUACUUUCAUAAACUACUGUUAGGGCACAGAAUUUUUCUGUCUGGUGCUUUCAGCGCUGCACAGAUGUUACGUAAAUGUUAAAAAUAUAGCUUACCGCAACUUUUGUAAAGUUCCCGUUGCCACCGGGCGGCCGCAGCAGAGACGAUCUCUGAAAAAUGUCCGCGACACGGACUCCGUUGUUGUCUGGAAGUUUUUUUUUCCAAGUUAAGAAAAGAGGCGGACGUGUUUCCUAAAUCCUGCAUCAGUCCAAGCAAGGCAACUUCUUUCUGUUUUUAUUCGGUUUUAGUAGCCAUUAGCACUGUGCAUUGUUGUGUGCGUCAGUGAUAUUCAGUCUACGAGGAAAUCGUGCAAUGACAAAGGUUCUGCCGUGCUUGAAAUGCAAGCUGCAAUUAAAUGCGUAAAUUUUUUUUAACGCGUUAUUUUUUUCUAAUUAAUUAAUCGUGAUUAACGCGUUAAAGUCCCGGCCCUAGUUAUUUUAAUUAGUGGUGUAGGUUAGUUUAAUAUAUCACGGAACAUGAGUUAAUGAAUAUGCUUUGAUGUGGUUUAUUGAUAAACUGAGUCACAAUUCUAACUCACUAAUUGACUUUUGAGUUACUGGCAUCUUACUCAGGUCUUUUGAUAUGACAUUGUGUUUAUUGUUAUUAUUUUAUCUUUUGUUGUUCAAACAGUUACGUUCAGGGGGAACGCAAUGCUAGGUUUUUUCCUGUAUAUCACGGUCCUUUUUAACACAUAAAAGAAUGUCUCAGGGCAUUUUCUGUCCAUCUCAGUAUUUUGUAACUCUGUAACUGGAGGGGGCCCAGCCUUCUUCGUCCUGUUUGUAUGCUGACCUCACAUGUGUGUGUGGUCUUGAUUUUAGCUUAGGAUGAUACCAUGUGGACUGAGGUGGUCAGUUUCUGGUGAAUUUCAGCCCCACUGGGGGUCCCGAUUGGACUGAUUUGAAAGAAUAUUGGAUGGUAGUUGCUGAAGACAAGUCACAUUCCACAGUGAUCUCGCAGACUCUUUUGUGCUUUCUCGCUACCGGCCGUGAAACCAAGGAGAUUGGGGUCCUGAUGCAAGUGCUGCUACCAGAUGGGGCAUCAAGGUCACUCAUCUCAUCCCUCCCACUGCUGCGGAACUGCUGAGCGGGGCCGCCACGACUGCACCAUCCUCAUGCGAGCUCACCGAGGAUGGCAGAUAAGUAAACGAUCUGCCUUAAGCUUGCAGGGUCCACCAUACCGCUGCUGAUGUUGGUGGUCGCACUCUACCCUGGAACCGCCCCUCAGCAUCUGACAGAACGAGUGGAAACAGCAGCAGUUGGGGUAGCAACGGAAUCGACAACUGGUGGAUGAGGCUCCUCCUGAGCCCGUCCACAUGACACUGUGACCUGCCUCCAACGAUGUCAAGUUCCAGCGCCCCAAAUCUCCCGUCUGGUUUCAUGGCUCCCUGACCAAAAAGACAUCCCCUCACCGUCCCUGCCGUCAAAGGAUCCCACGUUGCUAUAACAACAUCAAAGUUGCUGACACACGCCUUUUGCUCAGGAUGGCUCUCUCUCCUGCCACACAACUGGUGUGGCCUAAAGUGCAGCUUGGCUCCCUGCCACCCGCCUCACAUCGCAUGAGGACGGCGUCCCUACGAGGACAUUCGAGCUGAAGUAAGAGAGUCUGGGUCUGUUAUGACCUUUUGCCCCUUCUCCACCAACAAAAACCAAGCCCCUCACAUCAACAGCCCCACCACCGGGAUUCAUCUGCAUCAUCAUCGACGAAAGUGCAACACCAUCCCAACGUGGUCUUCAUUGCUCUGCCCCCACUGCAGUCCCACAUAAUCCCGACUGAUAAGCCCUGUGAACCUCGGCUCUGCCCCAGUUAGAGCUGCUAAGCCCCCGACACCUCCCGUGCUUCAUAGAGUGGCUGUCAAAAAGAAAUUGGUAUCGGUUUUUUGACAAUGUUUGUUACUGUUAUCUUUAUCAUGGUCAUGAUUUACUUAGUUUUAAGCUGUGUUUAAGCCAUGUUUGGGGUAAGAGAAUGGUUGACAAGCUCAUGACAGAUGCUUUAGUUCAUAUUUUUCCUAAUAAAGCUGGUUUCAUUAUGAUGUCUACAAUGUGAACUGCAGUUUCUGUAACCAUUGUUGAUUGAUGUCCUGGUGAUCAGCACAGUUGAUUUUAUGUUCUUUUAUAUGUUUACUUAAUCAGUAUAAUCGUUGUCUUUUGAUUUUUGGUAUAAUCCUUGAGUUUGAUAUAAUCACUGCUAUAAUCAUUCAUUUUAUUACAGGUUGCCAACUAUUGGAGCUGCUUUAAUUUUGUUACAGGUUGUUACUUAUUUUUUAUAGCCCUUUAUAAAGGUCACUACUUC